AUGGAAACAAAACAAGCAGUCUCCACCCUUUUUCUCACUUGUCUCCACUUUCUGUUCAGUGCCUUUAGCUGUUACUCAAGAAGGGCAACAUUUCCAAAGGUUUCAGUGAAAGUUUGGUCCAAAUCCUCAAUUCCAUCUCCAAAUUCUUGUAAUAAACUAGACUCAGAAGCCAUUGGACUUGCCUUGAUUGACUCGAUCAAUGAUGAGAAAAAUGAAGGGAAUUUUUCAAAGCCGAUUAGCAGAAUGGUUCUGUUUGGAUCAAAACUUAAAGUUCAAAUUCCAAACCUUGUUCCCUCUUCGAUUUCCCCGGUCGAAUCACCCAAAUCUCCAGCUGAUUUUGGAAUUAAGACUAGGGAUUCUCAGUUGUUGAGUCCUUUUUCUAGCAUCCCAGCAAAGGAUUCCCCUCAGAGUUUUACUAGGCAGCUAUCUUUGAAGGAAAUGGAACUUUCUGAGGACUAUACUUGUGUAAUCACUCAUGGGCCUUAUCCAAAAACAACACAUAUAUUCGAUAACUGCAUUGUUACAAGCUGCUGUGGAGAUCUUAAUUUGUCUGAUAACAAAAGGGAAUUUGAUUUUGAAGCCAAUUAUUCAGUUUCUCCUUCUGUGGAUUUUCUCAAUUCUUGUCAUACAUGCAAAAACACUCUUGGAGAUGGCAAAGAUAUUUACAUGUACAGGGGUGAAAAAGCCUUUUGCAGCCAUGAAUGCUGCUGCCAAGAAAUGCUUUUUGAAGGGAUAAUGAAGCCAGAGCUGGAUGAUUCUUUUUGA